AUGGGGAACCCAAGAUUGAAGCUUGAACAGCCAGACACCAAAAGGCCUCAAAGUCUGUCAACAUGCAGCAGUGGAAGAAGAAGCGGCGACUCCAACUCGCCGGAAUUCGAGUUUUGGAUGGUGAGAAACCCAUCUUUCCCUCAACCCAACCUCCUCUCCGCUGACGAGUUGUUUGCCGACGGCGUUCUUCUCCCUCUCCACCUCCUCCACAACCAAAACUCCGACGAUCCACCGGAUACAAACCCUGAACCACCCAACUCAGACCCACCACCGCAAAAACCUGAACCCAACUCAGAACCCAGUUCAGGCCCUGAGUUAUCAACUUCAGCAGCCAACUUGUCAUCCAACACAUUGUCUCCUUCAAAGAGAUGGAAAGACAUAUUCAAGAAGACAGAGAAGAAGAAUCUGCCUAGAAGCAACGAGGAGAGAGAAAAAGAGAAAGACAAGAAAAAAGAGCGAAAGAAUGCUGGCGGUAAUGGCAAUAACGGUGCAAGCUCGGCAGAGCUGAAUAUAAACAUAUGGCCGUUUUCUAGGAGUAGAUCGGCCGGGAAUGGUGGUACAAGGCCGAAGAUGGCCACCGGAUCGGCGGCGUCUCGGAAGGUGAGUAGUGCACCGUGUUCGAGGAGUAACUCAGCUGGUGAGUCCAAGUCCAGGAAGUGGCCGAGUAGCCCGAGUCGUGGUGGGGUCCACUUGGGCCGGAGUAGUCCGGUUUGGCAGGUCCGGCGUGGUCCUCCUGGUGGGAAGAGCUCCGGCUCCGAGGCUGUAAUCAGGAACGCUGAAAAGGGUGUUAAAAAAGAAGGAAAUGAAACUUCCAGGAUCAAAACCACCGCCACAGCCGGCGGCGGCGUCUGUGUAGGUGGUGCGGCUAAGCCUAAGGUUUUGAAUUUAAAUGUUCCGAUGUGUAUUGGGUACCGACAUCAUUUGAGUUGUAGAAGUGAUGAGAACAGUGCAGUCGGUGUCACCGCCGUGGCUGGUGACACCGGUGGUGGUCAGAGUGGCGGAGGAGUAUCCGGUGAUGGUGGGCGCGGCACCAAUCUGUUUAACUUGCGAAGCCUCUUCACUAAAAAAAGUUCCCUUGGGCAACAAGUUGCGCGUGACACCCAUCAUCACUGUCGCAGAGACUCCAUGGCUUCAACGAGGCGUCUAGCUACGACACUCCGGACUUUCCGUACAAUUGCCUCUCGCAGAACCCUAACUCCUCCUCCCAAUGGUCCAUCUCGGAGUUUUGAGCAGCACAUCCAUACCUAUGCAUCUGAAGGUCUUUGUCAGGGACCACCAAAGGAAUUUCCUGGAUUAUUUUUUGUUCCUGCUAUCUUAGCUGGAUUGGUUGGAAUCGGAGUGCUAGAUGUAGCUUAUGCAGAUGCUGAUGAGGCCAGUGCUAAAACUCCUUUGCCUCCAGAAUUGCCUACGAAUUAUGUGGACUUGGAGGAAACUGCCAGGAGAGAAAGAGUUCGAUUGGAAGAGUUGCUUAAAAGCAAAGGAAUGCGAUCCGGUUCUUAUCCUCGUUUCACUGUUGCUGUUAAGGGCCCAAAGGUCACUAUCAGAUUCCAAGUUCCUCCUACCUGUGAAAUUCCACUCCUAAUUGCAAAUCUUGUUUCACGUCUUGGAGUAAAGGUUGAAGAGCGUGGCACUGGAUUGGAUAUGUCAUUGCGGGCUUGGGAUAGUGGGGUUGCUUGGCAGCUAACACUCAGUAGUCCAGAAAAACAAAAGAAAACUGGUGAAAAUCUGGGACAGUCAAAGGAUACCAAAGCACUGGAGGGAGAGCUAUACAUUCUCAUGUUUCGGUCGCUCAUUAGCUCUGAUAAAGCAGAAAUUGAGUUCAUAAAGCAAGGGAGCUUUAGUGCCGAGGAGCUUGAUGCUUUAGUAUCCUUGUUGCAAUUAGCUGGACAACAAAGGACCUUGGAAAGAAGACCAAGGGGAGAUGCUGCCCGGUUGCCAUCUAUGGACAAAACAGUUGCUAGUCUUGAGGCAAUGGGAAUAAAGAUUUACGGACUUAAUGAACCCAAUGUGGGAUACUCAAAAACUGAAAGAUCAUGGGACAAUAUUGCUGGGUACAGUCAGCAAAAACGGGAAAUAGAAGAUACAAUAUUGUUGGCUCUACAAAGUCCUGAAGUAUAUGAUGAUAUUGCCCGUGGGACCCGGUGUAAGUUUGAGACGAACAGACCCCGGGCAGUGCUUUUUGAAGGUCCACCAGGUACCGGGAAGACAUCUUGUGCUCGUGUAAUUGCUAAUCAAGCGGGUGUCCCGUUGUUAUAUGUGCCACUGGAGGUUGUCGUGUCAAAAUAUUAUGGUGAAAGUGAACGAUUAUUAGGGAAAGUUUUUUCACUUGCCAAUGAGCUCUCUGGUGGUGCAAUUGUGUUUCUAGAUGAGGUUGAUUCUUUUGCUACUGCUCGUGAUAGUGAAACGCAUGAAGCCACACGUAGAAUUUUAUCCGUGUUAUUGCGUCAGAUUGAUGGGUUUGAGCAAGAGAAGAAAGUGGUAGUUGUUGCAGCGACCAAUAGAAAGCAAGAUCUUGAUCCUGCUUUAAUUAGUCGGUUUGAUUCUAUGAUUACUUUUGAGCUACCUGAUCAGCAGACUCGUCAGGAAAUAGCGGCUCAAUAUGCAAAGCACUUGACAAAAGCAGAAUUAACUGACUUUGCCAUGGCAACAGAAGAAAUGUCAGGACGGGAUAUCAAAGAUGUGUGCCAGCAAGCAGAGCGGCACUGGGCAUCAAAGGUUAUUCGAGGACAAGCAAAUAAAGAAGACGGGCAAGUGUCUCUUCCACCUCUCCAAGAAUAUAUCGAAAGUGCUAUAAACAGACGCAGAGCUCUUAGUGUCGCUGACCAGAUCCGAAAUCCUAAUCCUCUUGCAAAGAAACCCCAGUUUGACUUCAUAUGAGUAAUUGUUUAAAAGCCAAUUAAUUGUCCAUGUUUCGAGACGGGUGUUGCUGAUGGAACUAAUCUAUUUUAGGACCAGCCUUAAUAGUUAUGGUAAACCAAUUAGCUAUCUUGCUUCCAUAGCAUGUUUAUAUUUACUUGUUUGUCCUGUAACAUAUGAUUAGUAGAAUGCUUAUUCGAGUGAGAAUCCCCUCCCCCUCCCCCUUUCCUUUUUUUUUUUUCCCAGUAGUUGUAUAUGUGUCGAGCAAAAAACAGGACUGAAGUUUGGGAAUUGUUUUGCAAAAAUGUAGAUUUGACAAUCUGCCAUUUUUGUUUUCCAAAUUCCGUUCUAAACAGAAAUUUACACUGUCUUUUACGGUUCAAUGUUUGAACAUUGCAAGUCUAGC